AUGAAGAUCAAAUUGCCGAGAGACCGUUUUCCAUCAACGUCUUCAACAGAAGACAACGAGAGUGGCAAUGACUGGGAGCCCGAGGUGCGGCCGAUGAUGCAGCCUCGCUUUCCUCCGCCGCAGGCUAUAAUCGUUGGCUCCGUGCGCAAGCGACGCGGCAACCUACCCAAGAAUUCUGUGAGGAUUCUCAAGAGGUGGCUCUACGACCACAGAUACAAUGCUUACCCGAGUGACGCUGAGAAACUAGCGUUGAGUCAGGAAGCGAAUCUGACAGUUUUACAGGUUUGCAAUUGGUUUAUCAACGCUCGGCGGCGGAUUUUACCGGAGAUGAUACGACGAGAAGGUCACGAUCCACUUCAGUACACAAUAUCACGUCGUGGUCGAAAACAGCCUGGGCUCGGCGUGGGCGUUGGUAUGGGGGUUGGGCCAAUGGUUGGGUUAGCAUCAGCAUCAACGUCGGGAAUGGGCAUGAUACCGAACAACGUGACUGUAGCUGGAUGGGAGGGAGUGGAGGUACAGAAUGUAGUCGAUCACAGUCGUGGUCACGAUUACGGGGACGGCUUGCUAGUGUAUCAAGAGAGGGACGAUCUCGGUGAAGCGGAAGAAGGCUACUCGAGUGCAAUCAGUGAGGAGGAAGUCAAAUACGAUCCCUCGGUCUGGCAGUCGGUCAUCCGUUACGGUCCCGGUGACCACGAUAUACAUACAGACAACAGAGGAUCCGUAGUGACCAUGGGUACUGACGGUGGGGAAGUGGUGACAGGAGAUAUUGAUUCCUGGCAACCACAGAUGGCUCAGUUGACAGCUCGGCAGGUGAGCCCACCACCUCCCGUCGCGGUCGAAUUGGAGGUCGCCACCACCGAUAUGUGGUGUCACACUUAGAACGUUGUAAAUGCUAUGAAUAUGUCGGGUUUUAUGCCUUUGUGUAAAUAUCGUAUUUGGGCGCAGGUUCAUGUUUGUUUUGUUUGCUUUACAAGUUAAGUUGCAGUGACUGCUACUCCAUGUUUCGUGUGUUCUUUACACUAAAACGUUGUUUAAUGACAAAUCUUUAAAGUU